UGUCUGACGAACCUAGUUCCAGCAUCGAAUCUCAUCCCAUCGUCUCAGAUGUCGAUGAAUGUUUGAUCGAAGAACCAAUCAUAUUAUGUAAUAGUGUUCAGGGAGAGGAAAUCAAGAAAGUUGAAAUGGGCAGCAAACUCAGGAACGUACAGAAUGGGCAAAUUGAGAUGACACUAGUGGAGGAGCUGGACAUCUUAAUACUCAACAAGAAACUACCAGUAAUAGCGACAACUCUGAAAAAUCAAGACAGAACCGAUGAAAUUGAGAAUGAUCAGAAAACAGUAAAAGAAUUAGCAAAGGAGCUCCCAGAGGAUCAACAGGGCAUCCCUAUGGAAAUUGUUCAAGGGUUAAUAUUUGUGGACGUAAUGUUGUGCACGGAUAAUACCGACAGUGUAUCAGUCCAGUGGAAGGUACGCCAAAGCAAGAGGAAAACAACCGGAGAUGAGACAACAUCGGUAAUCGCUUGA